AUGGCGGCGAGCAGGAGGCUGGCCAAGGAACUUGAUGAGAUUCGCAAGUCUGGAAUGAAAAACUUCAGAAACAUUCAAGUUGAGGAAUCAACUUUGGCAUGGCAAGGGCUCAUUGUUCCUGACAACCCUCCUUAUGACAAAGGUGCAUUCAGGAUUGAAAUAAUAUUCCCCACCGAGUACCCUUUCAAACCUCCCAAGAUCACAUUCAAGACAAAGAUCUAUCACCACAUUGAUGAGAAGGGCCAGGUGUGCUUGCCUGUGAUCAGUGCAGAGAACUGGAAGCCUGCCACCAAAACUGACCAAGUAAUUCAGUCACUUAUCGCACUGGUGAACGACCCCCAACCAGAGCAUCCCCUGCGGGCUGACCUAGCAGAAGAAUUCAAAGACCGUAAAAAAUUCUUGAAGAAUGCAGAAGAGUUUACAAAGAAACAUGGUGAAAAGCGGCCAAUGGACUGAUCACCUCUCAAGCGCGUAGCCCUCUCUCUGCCUCCCUCCCCAACCCCCUUCUGUUUCACGUGCCCGACCAAAUACUGAUCUUCUUCUCCCUUCCCUGCUCCUCCAUCUUCACCCCGCCAGCAGCUCAUCACCUUCCUCGUUCACUCUGUUUCUCUUGUUUCCUCACACCGCUCCUUUCUGCAGCCCUGGAGCUACCCAGCUGAGACCAGGCAGUGGCAGCCUCAACCUCAGCCUCACUCCUAGCCAGGACUCUCUGUGGAUCAGACAGCUUCCUCUUUUUCCUCCUCCUCCUCAGCCAUAAAUCUCCAGUCCAUUUCUAACUUUCUAAUCUUUCUUAAAGUGAAAAAUGAAAAAAGAAUUGUUAAGGGAACAUGAUGUUUAAUGAAGUUGGGUGAUAUGUUAAUUUUCUUUUGGCUUUUCCUCAGUAUAAACAACUCCUGUUUUAAAUAGAUCUCACUUAGAUAUGAUUUGUCAGAAGUAUUUUAUUAUUUUAUUUUAAAGAGCAGAAUAGAAGUUGCUUUUUUGUUUUUAUUUUUCAUUUGCCCCAUCUUAUGUAAUGUUUUAAGCUGAAACAAACACAGUAGUGAACAAAGAGAAGCUGUAGAUAAGACCUAAGGAUGUGUGCUGACUACUGCUUCUAGAAUUGCACUGUACUCUUUGGAACAUCUCACAUCUCCUUCCUCAGAGUUGUAACCAAUUGAGCAGAAACAAAAUGUCAGGCCAGACAUGAAUUGAAUUACUGUGGAAAAUGCUAGAGAUGAUUUUUGUGAAAGUGAAAAACCCUAUCUUUUCAAGCACUCAUAACACGCAGCCAACAAAUUAAUGUACUAUCCCCUCAUUUUGUGAUGUUUUUGCAGCACAGGUCACUGGCAGUCUAAGCACAUGCUGUAAUAAUAGAUUUCUGCAUCACAAAUGAUUAUUGUGAUUUUUUUUCUCUCCCUCCUCCUUAAUAGCUAUUUGCUCCUAAAUUGUUUGAUUGGAACUUGAUACAUAAAAUUUGCAAGAAUGUGUUUGAUAAAUUAGAGUUUCCAUGCAUGUCCCCUCUCCUAUUCCUGGGUUCCCAGUAUACUCAUGUAUCAUAUUAGAAACAAGACCCUUCAGUACACUGAGACAUAUUCCAACUGCAGAUAGUCAGCUACCCAGCUCAAAGGGACCUAACUUAUCAGGAGGGGGAAGGAGACACUGGAGAAGGAUGCACUAAGCUUGAAUGAAGCUUGAAUCACCUUGUGGAGAUCGUCCAAGAAACAAGCACCUUGAAGGCAGCUGGGAGAGGGCUUGCUCUCCGGGGAUGUGUCAGGACAAGGAAAGGGACUGCAGUGGCCAAAAAACACCAUGUAACAGCUAUUUGACCUGGUCCCAAUAUUGUUUCAUAAUAAAGAUGAUGGCUUACCAUUUGGCCUCACUGUUUCCCUGGUA